CUUGAAGAAAUAUAUUAUUUUUUAAAGUUUGAAUUAGCUAGCAACCGUUGAGCAUGUCUACCUCAACUAGCCGUUAGUAGUACAUUUCAAGUUCAUAAUAUAAAUAGCUCCAGGGCUUGUAUCAGGUAGCACCGUUCACUUCACUUUCUCUUUCUGUUUGCUCAUCAAAAGAAGCUUGCUUGCAUCAUUUUUGGAGAAUUAGCUUGCUCAUCAUUUAGCCAACACAGCUAUACAUCAUCACUUGCUCCUGGAACAACAAGGUUAGCACUUGUUCAAGUUGUACAAUAAAAUCGUUAGUUUUCAUAGGAAAUGUUAUGAUUUUUACUCUCUUAUAUUGAUUUAUUUACUUCCAGACACAAUGUAUCCAAGCUACCGACGUAGGUCAAAUAGUGACGAUGAGUUCAUUCAUUUUGUUUUGCCUACCUUAGAAAAUUCAUCACAAUCAUCUUCUACUAGGAGAUCAAUGCACACAUCAAAACUUUCAGGGGGUUGUCGUGUUCAUGAGAUUUUAGCUGGACAUGAAAGAUUAUGUAAAAGGAACUUUCGCAUGGAAGUUGGCAUUUUUCAUGCACUAGUCGACAAGUUGCGUGAGAAAGGGUACCUAGCUAACACAAUAUAUGUUUCAGUGGAAGAGCAAGUUGCUAUAUUCUUGUAUGCAGUAGCAAAAAAUGCAACCAAUGAAACACUUCAAGAUUGGUUUCAGCAUAGUCCAGACACAAUACAUCGAUAUUUCAAAGCAGUGUUGAAUGCAAUAACAAAUCUUACAUCUGUCUACAUUCGUGCACCUUCCCUGCAUCCACAUCCAAUCUUGAGCAAGCCACAGUUCUACCCUUUUUUUAAGAAUUGCAUUGGUGCUAUAGAUGGUACUCACAUCCCUAUGAAACUUCCAUUGGAUGAGCAAGAGCCAUACAGAAAUAGGAAGCAAACAAUCUCACAAAAUUGUAUGGUUGCUUGUGAUUUUGAUUUGAAGUUUGUGCAUAUACAUCCUGGAUGGGAGGGGUCAGCUUCAGAUGCAAGGGUUUUGCAUGAUGCACUUAACCAUGGUUUUGAAGUUCCAAAUGGUAAAUUUUAUCUUGUAGAUGCUGGUUAUGCAAAUACACCCCAAUUUCUAGCUCCAUAUCGUGGUACUAGGUAUCAUUUAAAAGAACAAGGAAGAGCUCGCCAAAGGCCACAAAAUUAUAAGGAAUUAUUUAAUCUUCGACAUGCUCAACUUCGGAAUCAUGUUGAGAGAAUUAUUGGCAUCUACAAAAUGAGAUUUCCUAUACUAAAAGUGGCUUCACAUUUUCCAAAAGAAAAACAGGUUGACAUAUCUGUGGCUUGUGCUGUUCUACAUAACUUUAUACGCCUAUACAAUGGAGAUAUGACUUGGCCUAGUAAUGCUACCAUGGAUAUUGAUCAAGAGCAGAUUAUUGAUGUGCCAGAUGGAGACCAUAACUAUCAGGAUGAUAUUAAUGCAUUUAAUUUCUCUAGGGAAGCAGGAAAUCAAAUGCGAGAUGACAUAGCACGACAAAUGUGGGAUCAGUACAUAUCCCGAAGGACUUCAAGAUAGGAAUAUAUUGAUAUGGCAUGCAAGUUCUAUUACCGUCCAUG